AUGCCAUUCCCUCAGUUGCGCAACGCCAUGGUUCCGGGCUCAUUUGAGUAUACUCGAGAAGAGUUUGAUAUUGACUACGGCCGUUCUGUUUCGAUUAAUUGGCCCAGCUUCACACCUUUGCUGGUUAGAAACGAUUCCUUGGACGUGGUUCUAAACCCGGAGUUUGAACCACAUGCUCUCAACUACAGUAACUGGUCGCUCAAUGAGGAAUUUGCGCUCAAGUAUCCGCACAUGGCUACGAUGGCCACAAUUAGAUCAUAA